AUGAGCGAUUCUGAUACUGGUACCCACGUGCCGUUAUCAGAAGUGGGAUGCGAAAAACAGUCGGAUCAAGAUACUCAGCCCCACAAUCAACCUAGCAAUAGUGGAUUGCUUACCAAUAUGGAAGCCCUGCUAACCCGUUUGUUAGCAAUGCCGCAGCAAACAUCGCAGCCUGUAGCAAACACUAACGCGGUUCAGUUAAUAAAGUUCGACCCAGAUGACGAAGAUGCUGAUGUUAAGGGCUGGUGCCGUGUUUCGGAGUUGAUUAUACACAGCAAGAAUUUAAUUGGCGUGGAACUUUUGGUAGCUCUGACAACUGCAUUAAAAGGACGAGCAGCAUCUGUUCUGACUAAACUGCGUCUGGAAGACUUAACCUGGGAAGUUGUGAAACAAGCAUUGCUGGCGAAAUUUGCAGAGCCCAAAUUGAUGCAGGAUUACUUUGAUGAAGUGUUGCGCUUUCAGAUCGGAACAAAGGAGACUGCUAGCGAAUCCGCUAUGCGUUUAUGGGCACUAAUCGAGCGAAUUCCUAAAGACGAGAUGUUAGAAGAGGCAAUCACUGGGUUCGUUAUUUCCGUUCUGAGCUCGAAAGACAACAUGAUUCGUCGUGAACUGAACUCCUAUGCCAUCACAACGCGUGCUCAACUCUUCCGGACACUAGGUGGGGUCUCUUUAAAGCGGCGUACUGAAGAUAAUGAUGGUAGUGAUAAUAAGAUAAAAAAACCUCGUCCGUCAGACUCGAAGUUCAAUGGGAAGUGUCAUCGGUGUGGAGUUCCUGGACACAAAAUAGCAGAGUGUAAAAGGCGACGUGACGACUCAGUUAAUCGCGCUGAUGGUUCCAAGGAUCAGAUCAAGGACAGGUCGACACCAAUCACCUGUUUCUCGUGCGGGAAACCUGGCCACGUAUCUACGUCGUGCCCUGAGAAGAGAGGCGGCGCAGCGGUCAGGGAGGUCAACACCUGCGAGCACAAGACUUCGAGAGGUAAACUAACGACGGCAUCUGGUGAGCAUAUCUGUUUCCUUUUUGAUAGUGGCUCCUCUUGUUCUUUGAUUAAGGAAUCUGUGUCUUCGGAUUUCCCUGGCAUUGAACGCAAUAACACAGUUUAUUUGACUGGCAUUGGGGGAGACGAUAUUGAGUGUGAUAGACAAAUUUCUAGCACUGUCCAAAUUAAUAAUCUUUGCUUGACUCUCUUGUUUCAUGUCGUUCCAAACAACUGCAUUUCAGAAAACGUUAUUGUAGGUAGGGACGUACUGGAAAAUGGAGUACGUGUUGAGAUUGAUAACGAAAAUCUCUUCAUAUCCACUAAUGAGAAAAUAAAUUUUUGCGAAAGUGUACAAGGUAUUGACGUCGCGGCCCUAGAUACAGAUUUAGUCGGGGACGAGAAGGAAGCCUUAUUGGGUAUCUUGUUGAAGUAUACUGAUCACUUUAUAAGUGGUACUCCAACUAAACGUGUUAAUACGGGUGUAAUGAAAAUUGAACUUAUUGACCCUAAUAAAAUAGUCCAACGGCGACCGUACCGUUUAUCUCCCAUCGAAAAACAGGUGGUGAGGGAUAAGGUUCAGGAGUUAUUGAAAGCUGGUGUUAUUCGAGAGAGUUCCUCGCCGUUUGCUAGUCCGAUUCUAUUAGUAAAGAAAAAGGACGACACGGAUAGAAUGUGUGUCGACUACAGAGAACUCAACUCAAACACGCGACCUGAGCAUUACCCCCUACCACUUAUAGACGACCAAAUAGACCAGCUCACCGGAGCUUAUUACUUUUCGUGUUUAGACAUGGCCUCUGGUUUCCACCAGAUUUUGAUCCACCCAGAAUCCGUAGAAAAGACAGCUUUCGUGACGCCCGAGGGACAAUACGAAUAUGUUGCAAUGCCAUUUGGUUUACGCAAUGCACCCUCGGUAUAUCAGAGGUGCAUUAAUGAUGCACUUAAAUAUUUGAAAGAUGGACCCCUAGUGUAUAUGGACGAUGUGCUCUGCCAUUCCUCUGACGUCACAGAGGGUCUACGACGGUUAGACCGAUGUCUGGGAGCUCUGACGAAAGCUGGGUUUUCGUUGAAUUUAC